UUGUGCCGCUCGGAGGAGCCGCGUUGCAUGCCAUGGAUCACACGCUCUUCGGCUGCCUGCGCAGCCCUCACCAUGCCCCCGGGCAGGGCUUGCACCCCUUCUCGCAGUCGGCGCUCGCGCUGCACGGCCGCUCCGAUCACAUGUCCUACCCGGAGCUCUCGGCCUCGGCCUCGUCUUGCAUCAUAGCCGGCUACCCCAACGAGGAGGGCAUGUUUGGCAGCCAGCAUCACCGGGGGCACCACCACCACCACCACCACCACCAUCACCACCAGCAACAGCCGCCGCCGCCGCCGCCGCAGCAGCCGCCCCACCAGCCCUUGCAGACGAACUGGCACAUUCCGCAGAUGGCUUCGCCGCCGCCGCCGCCUCCCCCGCCUCCGGCAGCCUCGGCCAGGCACAGCCUCUGCCUGCAGCCCGACGCCGCAGGACCCCAGGAGCUGGCCACCAGCCCCCCCGGACUGUGCUCCAACUCCUCCAGCACCCCCACGGGGACGGCGUGCGCGCCGGGAGAUUAUGGCAGGCAGGCGCUCUCGCCCGUGGAAACCGAGAAGCGGGCGGCCAAGAGGAAAAGCGACAGCUCAGAUUCUCAAGAGGGAAAUUAUAAAUCAGAAGUCAACAGUAAACCAAGGAAGGAAAGAACAGCCUUCACCAAAGAACAAAUCAGAGAGUUAGAAGCUGAAUUUGCCCACCACAACUACCUCACCAGGCUGCGGAGAUACGAGAUAGCAGUAAACCUGGAUCUUACUGAAAGACAGGUAAAAGUUUGGUUCCAGAACCGACGGAUGAAAUGGAAGCGGGUAAAAGGGGGGCAGCAAGGGGCUGCAGCACGGGAAAAGGAACUGGUGAACGUGAAAAAAGGCACACUGCUCCCCUCAGAGCUUUCUGGCAUUGGUGCAGCCAGCCUCCAGCACACAGGGGACUCUCUAGUGAAUGAUGACAGCCACGACAGUGAUCACAGCUCUGAGCAUGCACACUUAUGAUAAAGCAUGAAAGAGUCACAGCUCCGUUCUCAGGAAAGAUAUGCUAACACGGCAAGCCUUACACAGACAUUAUUGAAAUACGCAAGCAACUCCGGCAAUAAAACAAAAUUGGAUGUAUGGUUGUGCUUCUCUUGGAGUCUUUUUUAGAUGAGUUCAGUAAGUGCCAUGCCUUAAAGGUGCCUUUUGAACAGAAGCAAUAAAA